GAUUCAACCAACACUAUCUCUGAUCCCAUCCCCAAUCUACAACAACACGUAAAAUUCAAAAUUGUCAAGUCAGCCUCACGAAGUCUUGCAGUUCCUGCUCACACAGUUUUUGAUUCAAAGACAAAAAGUCACAAUGAAGACAUCAAGGAACAUCAACCCAAAGACAGUCAUGGCGCCCCUGGCUGCCUUUACAAUGGCUUGGGUCCUGUUUGCGUAUACGAGGCAUUCUAUUCAGGCUGCGAAGAUGAAUGCUAAACUCACACGCGAACAAAAUCAGCAACAGCACCAGCAACAGCAACAUCACCAGCAAGACCGAGAGUACCGUGAUAGGAGGCAUUCGGAGAAGUGACAUCGCGAAUGAAGGAAGAAUUUAGUGAAUGGAGGAAAAGGAAGAAUCAGUGACAUUGAAUUAGGUAAAAGACGCGAGUCUAAAGUAGUAACAAAACUAAACCGAACAUAAUUGCCAUCACACCUCCG